CAAAAACGAGGAUUGAGAAGCGCACUAUUUGACAGCUGUGUUACUUUGCUCGCUCACAGUAGCAGUUCUGCUCGAAUUCGCUUGGUGUGCUUGUGUCUUAUUGACCUGUGCUGUUCAGUAAUGAUGAUAAUAUUAAUAAUAAACCUACUUCGAUUUGGGCACGCGGGUAGUAUCCCAGCCCUCACAUAAAUCGAAUGAAUUAUGUGGCGCAUAUCUAUUUGGUGCCUCUUUGUACCAAUGUUUAUGUGUUUAAAUAGAAAAAUAGUUCGAUAAUAAACUGUAGUCGGUGCUUCACGUUGCCUUCUGAAAUUUAUAAACCGUUGGGAUUUAUAUAAUAGUGGUUAUCAGGGCGAUCAAUAUGCGAAGUUUAAGAAAUUGUCUCGAAGAUAAUCCACUACAAGUUCUUCUGUAUUUUGCCGCCCUAUUUUCCUAGUUUUUUUCUUUAAUAAGCUACGUAGAAUUGAAGGAACUAGGUCUUUUGGCAACAAGUUAUGAAAGUUUAUUGUUCAAUGCGGAAAAUGUAUAUACCUCAUGGAUCGUGUGUUCUUGACUCCUGUACUAAACUGAUGUAUACUCUGAUUUACUGUGACUUAGUUGAAAGAAAGAGACAAGAUGUGGCGAAUCCAAAGUCGUUUACUGUCUUUCAAGUCAUACUCAGUUCACAGCACGAUGAUGUAGAACGAUCUAACUUCCAAAGCCGCUUAUCGUAAGACAGACUGGUCAUCUCCCAGAUUUCUCAGAUAGCAAUCUUCCGUACUUCUCCCGUAAGAUCCAAUCCACCUGUUUAGCUAGGAAGUAGGAGCUGUAAACGUUUAAGUUGUUUGGAUCUGACUAAGGGUGUUUAGACAGUUGUUACUGUCCUUUUAACCAAUUUUCAGAAAGCCUGUUAACCUUUAGUUGCUACCAAACGGGAAUGAGCAUUUACCUCGAAGUUAUAAUUUGCCAUGACUUUCAGUUAUUAUUAGUUGAGACUAAUGGAGACGUUCAGGCAAUUUGGCAUCAGAAUGGGUUUUGUGGAGAUUUAUUAGAAAUUUCACAGGUUGAAAUCAUGAGUCAAUUGAAGCUAGACCACCAUGAAAAACCUGGAAGCACUGGAUGGCCGUUUCGUCCUAGUAUGGGACUCUCAGCAGUGCGCAUCCACGAUCCCGCAGCUCGCGAUAUUCGAACCCAGGACCUACUGGUUUCGCGCGCGAGCACUUAACCACUAGACCACUGAGCCGGCAUCCAACGGUGUUAAUGUCUAACUUCAACCAAUCCACGAAGUUGCGCCACCGUACACCAUUGUCUUCAGUGAGCUGAUAUCUCAAAACAGACCUGGUUGAACUCUACUGAUAACGGUUUCUCACUAGAACUCCAGGAGUAUCUCCUGAAGUCAGUCACAAAAGUCCUCUUGUGACAACCACAGAGGAAUCAGAUUGACAAAUAUAGUAUCUAAAAUAUUAGCUUCAAUAAUUCUUCGACGCCUAACCAAAGUUCGUGAAGAACAGACUAGAGAAAGUCAGGCUAGUUUUCGACCUGGACGUGGUUGUAUAGACCAGAUAUUCACACUACGUCAGGUCCUAGAACACAGACACACAUUCAGACGCCCCACAAUCGUAGUAUUUCUCGACCUUAAGGCAGCAUUCGACUCUGUUGAUCGUGAGGUUGUAUGACAGUGUUUGUCACUGAAACGAGUACCAAAGAAGUACAUUAACAUUAUAAAAGGCUCUCUACUCGAACACAACUGGUCGAGUGAGAGCUUAUGGCGAACUGUCAUCAGAAUUGAUUACCUCAAGUGGUGUUCGUCAGGGUUGUCCACUUUCUCCAUUCUUGUUCAACUUUGUCGUCGACGUACGUUUAGAGAUAACACUUCCCUCGUCUAGAUUUCCAGGAGUUGAGUCAGUCAGUCAGCUACAACGUAGGACCAGGCACAUAUGUGCAUCGGUCCAGGUUGCCAUACCGCAUCACCACAACAAGAUGAACACCGGAUUCAUAGGAGUGGUUAGGUCAAAGGUGGUAAUAUAUAAGAGAAAGAUUGCAUAUAGAGAUAUAGUACAAGGAGAAAAAAUUGGUUCGUAGAAAGAAAGGUAUGAAGCGAUUUUAAUGUCUUAGUUUAAGGGAAGACAGGGAGUGUAUACACCGGCGCCAUUGUGAUCGAUUCUGAGCCAUGUCACCAAGAGUCUCCAACCAUUGGUUACGAAAGUCACGCGGACCCCAACCAAGUAGUCUGUAUCUACCAACAUGGCUCAGACUAGAAGUUAGUGUCUUCAAGCACUGAUGCCACGUUUUGGUUUGGCCGGCCCUAACUUUCUUCCAACCAUCUCUAACACCCGUUAGCAUUGCAAGACUUGGUAAUCGGUAUUCAGACAUACGUAACACGUGGCCCAACCAUCUCAGUCGAUGAAGAUUCAUAACCUCAUCAACUGAUUUACCAUCAUUUCCUAAUACCCUGCGUCUAACCUCACUAUUACUUACCCGGUGAUCCCAGCAGAUGCCAGCAAUAUUUCUAGGGCAUCUGUGGUUAAAUACUAGUAGCUUACGAGUGUCUCCUACUCUUAAUUGCCAUGUUUCGCUGCCGUAAAUUAAAACAGAACGGACUGCCGCCCAGUAUACUCGUCCUUUUAUUGAUAGACCGAUAUCUCGCCUUCGCCAAAGGUGACGUAAGUUGGCAAAAGCCAAGCGAGCUUUUCGAAUCCGUGCUGAGAUUUCGUCAGACACCAACCCAUUAGGGCUGGCCAGACUUCCAAGAUAAGUGAAGUUGCCAACGCGUUCGACUACUUCACUCCCUAUCCUUAGUUCAGGUGUUGACGCAGACCAGUCCUGAAGCAAUAACUUGCAUUUAGAGGGAGAGAAGCGCAUUCCAAACAUUCUGGCAUUGAUGCUCAGUGCUACCAGAAGACUCUUCAUUUUAUCAGCGUCUUCACCAAACAGGACUAUGUCAUCUGCGUAUUCUAAGUCGAUAAGUGGACCUCCUGGAAGGAGAUCAAUACCCGAGAAUUCAGUCGACGAGAAUGUUAGUUCCAUCAAUAGGUCUAUGAUGAAGUUAAACAGAAAUGGGGAAAGUGGACAGCCUUGACGGACACCACUUGAGGUUGCAAAAGUAGAUGACAGUUCGCCAUAAGCUCUGACUCGACUAGUAGUGUUCGAGUAAAGAGCCUUCAUAAGGUUUAUGUACUUCUGAGGUACGCCUUUCACUGACAGACAUCGCCACAGAACCUCUCGGUCAACAGAGUUAAGUGCUGCUUUUAAGUCAAGAAAGACCACCAUUGUCGGACGCCGAUAAGUAUGCCUGUGUUCUAGAAUCUGACGAAUGGUGAAUAUGUGGUCGAUGCAGCUACGACCAGGUCUGAAGCCAGCUUGUUUCUCUCGUGUUUGCAGUUCACGAGUCUUAGUUAGGCGUCUGAUAAUUAUCGAGGCUAUAUUAGUUAAACUAAUCUCUCUAUGGUUGUCACAGGAUGAUUUUGACCCUUUCUUGUAUAUUGGGACGAUAAGUGAUUGCGACCAGUCAGAUGGAAUAACGUCUAACUCCCAGAUCUUAGCUAAAAUAUUAGUCAACCUAAUCGCUAAAAUUGGAACACCAUCCAUCUGGUCGAGGAUGUGUUGAUUAUAUCUUCACCCUCCACCAAAUGUCGGCCUAUGCUCCAUUGGGAGUAACAGGCGCAAGUAAGUAAGUAAGUAGGCUCCACCAAAUGUGAGAACGCCGUCAUAAUUAUUACUUGUCAACAAUCGUAAUGUUUCUUGAAAUUAGGGCCGUCUUGGAUUUGUUGGACAGGACAGUUCUCUGGGAUUAUCUAUUGAAAAAGAGUGUGCCCGAAAAGUUUAUUAACAUCUUGAAAGCCCUAUAUACAAACACUUCAGGUAGAAUGAAGCCAUACAAUCACCUCUCUAUUGUUCCAUUCGAACAGUGGGGUUAGGCAGGGUUGCCCAAUCUCACCAUUCCUCUUCAACUUUGCCAUCGAUGACAUUCUGGAAACAGCUCUGAUGAAUGUAAGUAAUGGUGGUGUGGAUCUGUUGCCUGGAGAAAGACUUUUCGACCUUGAGUAUGCGGAUGAUAUUGUCUUACUGUGCAACAAUACUCAAGCCAUGUAGUCUUCACUUAAUCAGUUGGGAAUCAACUUCCGUUGGUGUGAUAUAUUCUUUGAAACUUCGAAAUGCAAAGUACAUUGGCAAGACCGAGAGGACACUGUCCGCAUUCACUUUUGGCAGUGAAGAGAUAGAAGUAGUCAAGAUGUUCGUGAAUCUGAGUAUCUGUAUAAGCGCAAAUGAUGGUGUAAGUGAUGAGGUCAGUUUACGUAUAAUGAAAUCCAGAGAGGCUUAUGUUGAUCUGAACCAUGUUUGUUGAUUUCGUGAUAUAAUUUUGGCUCUAAAAGUUCGAAUAUACAGUGUGUUAGUGAGAACAGUUUCUCUCAAUUUUUGUGAAACCAAGCCCCUCCAAGUUGAGUAUGUUAAGUGAUUCUCUGUGUUUGAUCACCGUUGUCACCGAAGGAUUGCUGACAUCCAGUGGUAACACUGUCUUGGUAAUGUAGAGGCUGGACAACGUGUGUUCGGACACAGUGAUGAUAGUUCAAUUAUUUCACCCUCUUGAAACACUGAUUUUGGUGACUUAGAUAUGCAUUUUGAAUGUUGUACCAGCGAAUUUCACGUUGUGCAUUAUUUACUGACGCUGGGACUAGUUGGAAAAUGGGUAAAAAUGGUCAGUGAAUGAUAUAGGGUCGUGGUAUGAAAGAAAAGUAUUUAGGACUGGAUUCUGUUCGUCCCUCACAAUUCCAUGUUUUGGGUCCUAGAGAUGGUGCUCUUCAAUGGCUUGGAACGUUCUCAGACAUGGCUCAGGAUACAAGCCAAUGGCGAUCAUGCUGUAACUUUCUUUUACUUCAUAAAAGCUAGAAUAACUUACAGAAUCCUAUCUGGUUGUCUUUUUCCUAACUGAACUGCUCCAUCCAUUAUUGUUAUUAUUAUUUCACUCUCAUACCAUAAUUUAUAUUCAUUAUUGAUUCGUUUUCUCGUUAUGCUCACUUUCUUUUCUCUAUCUCUUCACAAUCUCGUUUUUGCUGUGUGGCGCUUAUAUAUUUUGAUGGACCCCUGUGCCAAUGGUUAUGUGUUUUAAACGAUAAUAAUUAAUGGAAUAAGUAACAGAUAGUUCGUAAUUAUAUUGACUACCAACAAUAAACCCGCUAAACCACUCAAGUAAUUGUUCUUCCGUUAUUAAGAUUUCGAGCUUUAAUUAUAGCCGUUAUACCGCUCUUUACGGGAACAAUAAAAUAUGUCUUUGCUCGCAGUAACAAAGUAACUUGGGAAUUCUGUGUACAUUUUCUUAUCAGUGGUUUCAUGUGUGUUAACCAGCUAUAGUUAACGAUAUUUUAUCAUUUAGUGGCUUUGGUAACAUAUCCAUUUUUAUGCUUAUUUUCUGCUUCUGUUUUUAAACACAAAUCAUGUGUUUGAUUUGGGAUUUCUGACUUUAUCUAACAUUAUUUUCACUCAUAAAAUUGAAAAGAAUUACAACUUGAAGCAUUGAAAAAUCUCAUAGGUUCAACAACUGUUCAACAAAUCUCAGAGGGGUUACUAUUGAGUUAGUACCUGAGUUUGUUUAUUAAGGCGUAUUGACUAACUUGUAUAGCUCAAAACCUAGUGCACAAAUCUGUGUUUGGUUACUGAGCUGCGUUAUUGUCCUUUCAAUAAUUUUUCCGUGGUUUUUAUGUACAGCCAAUGUCAGUGACCUUGUCAUUCCUUGCUUGCUGUGCAUUUCCAAAAGAGUCAAUUGACGACCGUGAAAUCAUUAAGUGGCAGCAAAAACGCAACAGGGAAAUAGAAAAAGAACUGAAAAAGGAGAAAAGUCGUCUUCGUCAAAGGCAAAUGAUCUUAUUAUUGGGUACUGGUGAAAGUGGAAAAAGUACUUUUCUCAAGCAAAUGAAAAUCAUUAAUGGAAAGCACUUUACAAACCAAGAAAUCGAACAGCUAAAAGAUAUUAUCUAUGAUAACAUAUACAAAGGUGUUUUAUUCCUACUGCAGGCACGGGAAAGUCUCAAUAUUCCAUGGGCUGGUGGACUUGGUUCCGCUGCUGCUCAGGCUAGUAGAGAAAUUGAGGCACAUUUUAAAGAAACUCGAAUGAUGCGUCGCGAGCGCUCUCGACUUGGUCAACCACUUUGGUUGGAAGAAGAAUUUCUGGAAAUCGUGCCUUCACUGAAUGCGAUUUGGGGAGAUGAAGGUGUUCGAUUAGCAUUCGACCAACGUUCAAAAAUUAUUACAGAGAAUUUCAGUGAGAAUACACGCUAUUACCUCAAUCGUCUAAAUCAUAUUGGUGUAGAAAAUUAUCGUCCAACUGAUGAAGAUAUAGUUUGGUCACGUAAACCAACGGAAUCUAUAAUUGAAGAAGAAAUAAAUGUCCACUCAUCAUCACUUGUUUUUAUUGACGUCGGUGGACAAACAAAAGAACGUCGUAAAUGGUGUCAAUGUUUUGCUGAUAUGACAUCUGUCCUGUUCCUUAUUGCUUGCAGUCAUUACGAUGAACAUUAUCAAGAUCGAUUAACUAAAGAAUUUCGAAAUAAAUUACAUGAAGCUAUGGUUGUUUUUGAAGGACUUAUCAAUCAUAUUGCUUUUAGACGUGUUUCCAUCAUUAUAUUUUUUAACAAAACUGAUAUACUUAAAGAAAAGUUAAACUCACGUACAUCAAAUAUUCGUGAUGAGUUUCCCAAUUACCCCGUGAAAAUGGAUCCAUUUCGUCUGCAAGAUGUUCAAACAUUUAUGGUUGAAGUAUUUGCCUCUCUAGUCAAUCACAACUUUCCACCAGAUACUCAAGCUCGUUCAAGUCUUUCACAUUCAUCAUUCAAUAAUACUGCUAAAUGUUCAUCUCUUCAUAGACAAAACUCUGUACCUAUGUCCACUAACGUAACAUUUACAGCCCCUGUACGAAAACGUAUGGUCUAUCGUCAUUUCACAACUGCUGUAGAUAGGCGGAAUAUCGAAACAGUAUUCAAUGCUAUGCAAGAUACAGUAUUGCAAAAUAAUUUACGUCGUAUCAUGAUGAGCUAAAUACAGACAUAUAAAGUUGUUCAUUUAUUGAGACUACAAAGUGUUUACUUCCAUUUUCUGCUUUGGUUUAUUAUGUUGUUUGCGCCCUUAGAUUUCAGUGAACAUAAUAUCUAUACCUUCCGAAAACUAAUUAAAAGUCCUACUUACUAUUCUUACCAACAAUGUCUGUGCCAAAUUUAAACUACCACUAAAAUCAUCAAUAAUACUAAUAAGAAGUGUGUGCUUUUCAUUUCAUAUUUUCUUAUCUAAUCAUUAAUUGUCUUUCAUGCUACUCAAUUCUUUAUUACAUAAAUAUAUACAUGCUUUUUGAGUUUGUAUUUAUUUUCCACGCAUUUGCUUACGUUGAGCCUACAUAUAUAAACACAAGACGUUAAUGGUACGAGCAUCUGUCGAUUAUAUAUAGAUCCAAGUGAUUUAUUCCAUUUGAUUUAUGUAGAUAAUAUACUUUACUUUUCUAUAUAUAUAUAUUGAUGUAAAUUUCAGUGUUCCUACAUAAAAGGAUUCGAAAACAAAGAGAUAAUUGUACGUGUUCUGGAGGAAUACAUAUUGAUAGUGGGCAAAUUCCCCAAUCUUUUUUGGGACACGAUGCUCAUUCAUAUGUUUUGUUCUUGGCCAGUUGAUAUUUCAAUGCUUGUAAAUCAUGUGUUUUAUCUUUUUUGUUAUAAAGCGAGCUUUUUAUACUUUUCAACUUGUCAGAUUUAUUUGCGUAUAAACGCAUGUUUACCUUACUAUAAUUAUAUUUGAUGUAUCUAAAGUCAAAGGUUGAUCACGUAAUGAAUAUUUAUAUGACUUCAGUCAUGUUCAAUACUUUUGUCUCUGAAAACAAAUUCCGAGAAAAAUCGCAGUUUUUUAGUGUGACUAGAUGAAUAUUUAGCGCUUAGGGAUGCUUUGGUUGAAAGUUCUCAUUGUGGGUCGGAGAACCGCUGGAAGCCAUAGAGUGAUAGACAGUCAACCGGUACCAGUCCGUAGUGAAGUCAUAAUUAUCUCCACAAAGUAGCCAUCUAAAUAAUCUGUAAACGAUAGUCGCAAAAUGAUUAAACUUUAAGACCCCUGUGAAUCAAUCAUCAAAGACGAUUAACCGAAAGUAUUAAUUAGAGUUGAGGAUUCGAUGGAAAAUGAAGCAACAACAAACGUAAUCCAACUUAUGAAAACAGGAGAAGUGCUUAUUAUGAUUAUUAACAAAGUUGAACCUUCGCUAGUUGUAUGUACCUCGGGAGAUCCUAUCCACACCAGUUAUCUUUAAGUUUGAAAAGCUUUAUUGGUGUGAAUUUCAAAACCGAGACGAGUUCGUAUACUUCUAUUGACCAACGUAUGUACG